AUGUCAACAUUUCACAUUUCUACAACAGUCGGUCUUGCAAACAACAAAGACGCAUCGCCCCAUGUGUCUGAUUUUCCCAAGGAUACAAUUAUAAAGGAUAUACACGAACAGGAAGUGGCCAAUGCCACCGAACAAGACGAAAAUGGAGAAGGAUAUGAGAAGAAUGAGGAUACAGAUGAUGAUGAUGAUGAUGAUGAUGGUGGCGAUGAUGCAGCUUCUGAAUGCCCAACGAUACUCAACGGAGAGGAGCCGUUCGAAACUUUCCAGCACAAAGUGCGUGAACAGGCAUCAAAGCUUUUCCAGAAGCAACAAUCCGAUGUUGUCAUUACACAGAUGAAAGGAGGCACCUACAACCGGGUCGUUGGUGUCACCAUAUCAUCGAAAUUGCCAAAGUAUACUCUGGCGUGGUUGAAAUCCUGCCUCAGUGCUCGCCGGAAGACCGCCACCAUCGAUUCCACAUCGUACAUUAUACGAAUACCUCGAACGGAGGCCACAGGAGAUGACUCAAUUGGCAGCCUGGCCGAUGAUAUGAAACAAGGGGUAGCGAUAUUGAACACUGUCAAAUCCUGCCUGUCGCUACCGACACCUGAAGUUGUGAGCUACGAUCUUACUACUGACAACGUGUUCGGACGACCAUACAUGGUGCAGAAGCGUCUCCCGGGAAAGAACCUACAAUUCGAGCUCUGGAAUCGGCUGAAUCUCGAGCAGAAGAAGUCCGUGGUUAAGCAAGUUGCGAAUCUCCCUUCCAUCAUCGCUUCGAUUCAAGGGCCGGCAGGAGACAUCUCAUCCGAUAACUUGUCGUGCGCGCCAAAUCUACCGAUUCUCAUUGACAAGUUCCAUAAGCUCGCUUACAGCAAUCAGCCUACACCUGGACGAGCAACCACUGGUAAGCCCCUUAAGUUUCUACUGGAGUGCAUCAACCAUUGGCGCGCAUAUCAGACGGCUAAACAGGGCUUCUGUUUUGAAGACGUGUGGGACGCUUUCGAGAUUAUAGCUAAAUCUCUAGAGAAGCAUGGCAUCCUUGAUGGACCUUGUGUGCUCGUGCACCGCGAUCUAGAGCCUUACAACCUACUGGCUGAGAUCCGUAGUGAUACCGAGGUCAACAUAACAGCUGUCAUCGACUGGGACUUUGCUGUCAUCGCUCCCGAAUUUAUGGCAUAUCCUGCGCCAUUUUGGUCGUGGUUGCCAGACAACAUAACAGAGCAGGCCGCUGGCGAUGAAGAAGUCUUCUGCCUUAGUGUGAAGCCAAACAACAGGGACGCGCAAGUGAUCAAGCAGACCUUUGACGCCAAUACUUCCGAGAAGCAUAAGAUGUACGCCUUCUCUAUGGAAGCAAUCCUCGCCCGGCGUAUGUUUGUUAUCCUGCACGAUGGCAUUUUUGGGCCCUGGCCGAUGAGCGAGGCGACAAGCAUCAUUGUACACUAUCGCGAGCUGCACCCUGAAGAUGGUAUCGAAUACGACAAUGUAUCAGAAUAUGAAGUUGAGAAGGCACGGAUGGCUAUUGCUCAGUACAGAGCUGGUUAUGAGGAUUAA